UAGUUUGGCAUUAUCUUGGGGCCAUUCACAAACAGCCAGCCUCAGCUUUCAAAAUCAGUUUUCAGAUGUCGGUAAUGACAGCAUCCCAGAUGAAGAGAGCCCUUCACCCACUCUUUCUGUGCUGUCUGUGCCAGCUGGCAGCAGGUGUGAGGGUGCUGGUGAGCCCACAGGAGGAGGCCAUUGCCUACCUGGGAGACACGGUCAGUCUGAGCUGCAGGGUGGAGGGUUCGGACUACGAGGAGGAGCUCCAGUGGAGUCGAAACAGCGGCCUGAUUGACUUGCGGGAGGGAAACCGCCUUAACCAGAGCCAUCUGUGCGUGCAGAACCUGACCCAUGAUGACCAUCGGGUCAAAUUCACUUGCAACCUGAAGAGAAACACUAGCAUAUCUACUUCUGUGAAGAUAAAUGUGCUCUUCCCUCCUGAUCUCUCUGGAGAGGAGAAUGUAACAGUGGAAGAGAGCAGAGAAGCUAAGCUGUCCUGCUCUGUGUGGGCCAACCCACCGGUAAUGGUUUCCUGGCUGCACAACGGUGCUGCUGUGGACCUAGUGAAGGACGGCUACGCGCUCUACCAGGAUAGCUUGGAGGCCAGGCUCAGCAUUAUAAAGCCUAACCGGGACCAGCACCAAGGAACAUACACCUGCAUCACAGAGUCCUCUGAGUUUGGACAGAGGACCAAAUCAAUCCAUGUCAUGGUGAUAGAGAAGACAAUGUCUUUCCCUCUGAAUCCUGUGAUUGCUGGCUGUGUUGUUGUCCUGUGCACUGCUGCCCUUGCAAUUUUGUCCAGAUGGAGCCAAAUCUCAAAGUGUUGGAAGUAAAGACUCUGAGACUGCAGCAAUCUGACACAAACGUGAGAGAAGAUAACUGCUCAAACAAAACAACUCACUAAUGUUUAAUAUGAUAUUUAAAUAUCACAUUUCCUUUUAAAUAUACAGCAGAUCCUAAUUUUGUGUACAAUAUAACAUGGCAAGAGCUGAAAGUGUCGCAGAUGGGGUGAAAGGUCCAAAGUUCUGUCAGAAAAACAUGAAUCAUUCAUCCUCAAUUUUCACAAUCUAAAAAGAAUAAGUAACAUAUUAUCAUCAUCUAUUACUUUGCCGAGGGAAUAAAGCCAUUACGUGAAGUUAAAUAUUGAUGCUUCAGGUCAAAGGCAGACUCUAUUGCUAGCAUGAGGGGUCACUGAAGAGAAUAACCUGUCAGCCAGAUAUUAAAUACAGAAUUAUAGAAUGAGGUAAAGGAAUCAUGUGUUCUGAAUGAUUUCUAAUGAAUGGCAUAACUACAAGCUGUUGGAUGAAUGGAACUGCUGUCUCUGUACUCUAAGCUAAUGUCCAUUUCAAAUAAAUAGCUUAUUUUAUUCA